UCCAUAUACAACAGACCAAUUUCAUACCAUUACGCAUCAAUUCGAUAGCUAUACACGCAAACUUAAUACAUCUGAAAGAAACACACACAGCUUAUACCUUAGACGAGAGAACUAUACCUUUGCAAUCCCAAAAUGAAGCCUGCUCAAUAAAAGUGCAAACAAACGGGUUUUCAAAGCAAAAAGUGGAUAACAUCCAUCAUUACUAUACUCUACUACAUCAAUGGAGCAAAAUGGGUCAAAGCCGGUGGAAGAAGUUGAAGAAAAAAACACAACCCCACCUUCAAUGUCCAUAGAUGAUAUGAUUGAACAAAGUGUUGGACGCCUUAAUGUGACUCAAAUCUUACAAGUCCUCCUUACAACGCUAGCACCACUAUUUGACAGCCAACAAACCUACAUCAGUAUCUUUGCUCAUGCUCAACCAACAUGGCAUUGCACAAGUAGUAAUACUAAUAGCAAAAUCUCAUGCAGUUCCAGUAAUAACUCCAACAUAUGUCGCCUCUCCAAGAGCGACUGGGCUUGGGAUUAUCCCAACGUGCACACUUCGAUCAUAUCCGAGUGGGAUCUCGAAUGUGCUAGUUCCUUCAUCACCGGCUUCCCAACCACUUGCUACUUUGUAGGCUGCUUAUUAGGUGGGUUAGUUCUAGCCACAUUGGGUGAUUCAUCACUUGGGCGAAAGAAUCUCCUAUGUGUUUCACUACUUGUUAUGUCCCUUGCCGCACUUGCUUCUUCAUUUUCUCCAAAUUUUUGGGUGUAUUCAAUAUUUCGUUUCGUGAGUGGGGCUGGUCGUGCACCAGUUGCCAUCACUGCACUAGUUUUGCAGACAGAAAAAACUUGCAAAAGAUGGCGGUCACGACUUAUUAUGAUGGGGUUCAUCAAUUUCUCACUGGGAAUACUCCUAUUAACUGCUAUUGCAUAUCUAACCAAGGAUUCUUCAUGGAGAAACUUAUAUCUAUGGACUUCAAUUCCAGGAAUUGCAUGCUCACUACUAUGUUAUUUCUUCCUCUUAGAGUCUCCAAGAUGGUUGUUCAUGCAAGGGCGAACCGAGGAUUCCAUAGCCAUCUUAAGAAAACUAGGAUCAACUACUAGCGUAGUUUACUCAACCUUGACAAUAAACAACAUGGGUGCUUUACAAAAGGGGCCAAAGGAGACUAGUUCUUUUGCAUCCCUCAAGAUACUAAUCAAUGAAAAAUGGGCUGUCAAAAGAUUAUUAGCAUCCAUGCUUUUAGCUUUUGGCAUUGGUCUUAUGUACUUUGGCAUGUUUUUAGGUGUUGGAAACUUAGGUUUUAAUAUCUACUUGACCGCAGCAUUAAGUGCAUUAUUGUCUUUACUAUCUUAUCUACUAACAUUCCUCUACUGGAUUCCAAGAUGCAACAGAAGGAUAUCAAUGCUCGGCUUCUGCGUGAUUAGUGGAGCAACAAGUAUUAUUUUUUCUGUGUUAGGAAAACAUAGUUAUCAAGGGUUGAUUAUCAGCUUGGAGGUGGUGUCUUUAUUUUGCGCUUGCAUGGCGUACAAUUUAGUAUUGAUGUAUACAGUGGAGCUCUUUCCUACUUGUGUUCGAAAUUCGGCCUCAUCACUUGUGAGGCAGGCAAUGAUCUUUGGCUCGGUUUUUGACCCGGUGUUGAUUCUAAUCGGGAGGAAAAACAAGAUAUAUAGCUAUGGGGUGUUUGGAAUUACAGUUCUUGUUUGUGGGUUUUUGGUUCUUUGCUUGCCUGAGACGAGAGGUAAGGUGCUAUGUGAUACCAUGGAGGAACAAGAACUUAGAGAUAAUAAGAGUAGCUCAAUUAUUUGAUCUUUACUUGAAAUGUAUUAAUGAAACCACAUUUAUUAUUAAUUACAACAAUUUGGUGAUAGAUAUAAGGCAU